AUGAAGCAUAUCUUCAGCACCGCGCACCACGACGACGACCCACGCAAGCUCCCCUACGUUCCGCAAACGCUGCUCCACUGUCGGUAUUGCGUCGUCGGAAAGAGCGCCCUCUCCGUCAAGCCAACGACCGCGGACUGCCAGGCCCCACGACUACAUUUAAAUAUACGCUUCAGGUCAAGACGUGCGCUUAUUUGGCUGGAAAAGAGUUGGAAAGAGGGACCCGCGGAUAUGGAGGACCAAAGCGCAAGAUACUAUCCGUCUCGUUGGCAGUGGGCACGCAACCUCGCAAGAAGAAGCUUAAGCGCACUACGCGAAGCAAAUAACGAGAGCCGGUUCAACGAUGGCCUUCCCAGCGAAACAUGUGGUGGAGGUGCCCCUGCGCUGGCAAGACAGAACAGGCGUGAUGAGGAACUCGGCGGAAGGAGAAGAGGCGGGAAGAUACGAGAUGGUCAGGGUAUGGAGGCACUGCUAUCCAUUUAG